UCUUCCAAUUUUUCAACAUAGAAAAAUGGCUAGUUAUGCAACAACUUCACUAUUGGAACUAGAGGUUGUUCCUACGGUUGCUUACACGAGCAACGACGGCGAUGAUUGUACGGCGAAAAAGAUGACGAAAACUAGUGAAGAUGAAGAAAUAGAGAUUACUCUAGGCCAGAAUAUGCAUGCCUCGUGCCUCGGCAUCAAGGAACCCGAAGCUAACGACAAAGUAACCGGAGAAAAGGAGGCAUACUUGGCGGGUGUUUUAGCAAGAUACAAGAAGAGAUGGAUUGAGAGGACUCAACACCAUCUUGGCUAUCCGUUUAAUUUGGACUUUGAUUAUGGAGCUCUUGAUGAAUUGCAACAUUUUUCUUUAAACAACCUCGGUGAUCCAUUUAUUGAGAGCAAUUAUGGCGUGCAUUCGAGAGACUUCGAGGUUGGUGUUCUAGAUUGGUUUGCACAUCUUUGGGAGAUCGAGAAGGAAGAAUAUUGGGGUUAUGUUACAAAUGGUGGGACUGAAGGGAACCUUCAUGGCAUACUUACAGGGAGAGAGGUGUUUUCUGAUGGAAUUUUGUACGCCUCUAAGGAUUCACACUACUCCGUCUUUAAAGCUGCACGUAUGUAUCGAAUGGAGUGCAUUGAGAUUGAGACUUUAGUCUCGGGUGAGAUUGAUUGUCUCAAUUUAAAAAUCAAGCUUCUCCAAAACCAAAGUAAACCAGCAAUCCUUAAUGUAAACAUAGGAACUACUGUAAAAGGUGCAAUUGAUGAUCUCGAUCUUGUGAUACAUACACUGGAAGAGUGUGGUUACGCACACAAUCGGUUCUAUAUCCACUGUGAUGGAGCCUUGUUUGGUCUUAUGUUGCCAUUUUUGAAUAAAGCACCCCAAGUCACAUUUAAGAAGCCAAUUGAUAGUGUUAGCGUAUCAGGCCACAAAUUUGUCGGAUGCCCUAUGCCAUGUGGUGUUCAAAUAGUAAGGAGAAAGCAUAUUAGUGCUCUAUCUAGGAAUAUCGAGUAUCUAGUUUCAAUGGAUGCUACAAUCACGGGGAGCCGGAAUGGCCAUGCCCCUAUCUUCCUAUGGUAUACAUUGAGCCGCAAAGGAUACCAUGGGUUUCAAAAAGAGGUUCGAAUGUGCUUGGACAACGCUCUUUACCUCAAAGAUCGGCUUAGCGAGGUUGGAGUUAGUGUCAUGCUCAAUGAGCUAAGCAACACUGUGGUGUUUGAGCGUCCUCAAGAUGAGGAGUUUGUGCAACGUUGGCAACUGGCUUGCCAAGGAAAUAUAGCUCAUGCAGUUGUGAUGCCAAAUGUUACAAGAGAAAAACUCAAUAUUUUUCUUGACGAACUCGUUGAGAAACGUUCAAAAUGGUUCAAAGAUGUAGGCAACCAACCUUCAUGUGUUGCUUUUAUGAUAGGCAAGGAGAAUUGUGCAUGCCCUCUUCACAAAAUCACAACUCACAAGUGAUGAUUUUCUUUAUGGCUAGCUAAUUUAACUUGAAAUAGUUAAGUUGUAUCAAAAAUAGUUGUAUCUUAUUUUUAGGAAUUAAUUAUUGUUAUUUCCAUUAAAUUAUCUUGAAUUAUAUAUUCUUCAUUUUGUUUCCAUUAGUAAAUCGGGAAUGUUAUAAGGUACUUUUUCCCCACCUCUUCAAAUAUUUCUAAUUAUACACAACUUUCACAUUUUUCUUAACUACUACAAGCCACUGACAAUGAAGACAAAAUUAAAAAAAAAAAAAAAUCAAAAAUCAAAAAUCAAUAAAUUUCCUUCCAUUAUUCUAUUUAUAGUUAUUGUGUAUUUCUAACCACUAACUAUUUUACUUAUACUACUUCCGUUUUUUUAGUUGACAACAUUCUAUUA